AUAGAUAUAUAUUAUGGAUCGCAUCUUAUCCGCAAGAUAUCCGUCAUAUUAAUCGGAAGUACAUAUUAAGUUAAGUUUCUUAUACUACGAAAAUAUUUUAAUCGAACAUAAAAUCGCACCUCCUUAUUCCUAUAUAGCGAGUUGAUGAUGAGUUUCAUCAUACGGUUGACUUCAGUCUUGAAAGUGAAAUUCUGUGCACGGUCGCGUAUCUCGCGCAUUUGCGCCACACUCAGCUCGUCCGGCGAGAUGGCUUCCUCCUCGCGCAGCAGCGCCUCCGCGUCUGUCAUCGGAAAUAAGUUAAGGCGUUAUGUUGGCAAUGUCACUACGCGCGAACCCCACCGAAGCUAGAAACAUUUCGUUGCCACGACCGACUCGGCAGCGACAUCGAUCAAACGGCACAUCACAUCGCACUCCGAACGGAGGCACUCGACGUCGACUACUAAUUCUACUCGGUAUUUUAUAGCGUCGAGCCGACGGCUACGUCAAUGGAGCACAGCGAGCGCGGAGAGGCAGAGAGGGCCCCGACUCACGCGGACUCGAGUGCUCCCUUACACGCGAAAUCGUUCAAGCUGCGGUUCGCGUCCCAGCGGGAGCUCGGGCGCUCCUACGUGUCCGCAGUGAAGCCGCUGAGACUACCGGCGGUGGUGCGGGCCAAGUUCUACCGGCGCGAGCCCGCGGGCGAGGUGGACGAGAGCCGCGCGCGCGCCGCGCUGGCCCGCGUGCGCGACAUGUUCGGCCGCGGCCCGCGGGACAAGUACUCCGAGCCCGUCACCACUUCCGACGAGUACGGCUGGUGGUGGCAGUGGGCGCGCCCGCAGCCCGACCGCCGCCUGCGGCACCACAUCCAGGACUCGGCGUGGCUCAAGGAGCGCUUGCGAGUGCUCGCCGCCGACGCCGGCAUUAAGCGACGUUAGCUCGGUUGCUUGCUUUACAUUUUGGUUGUAACUCAUUUUCAUUUUUAUUUGAUGAAAUUGUGUCUGGACUUAUUGCAGAUUAUAUUAAUAUUAUUUACAGGUGUACCCAAAAUAGCUGUAAAGAGUGUAGUAAAACCUCUCCUCACUUCAUUAUAAUGAGAAAUAACACAAUUUGUUUGACAAAAACACCGACUUCAUUUUUAAUUUUAUGUAAGCAUAAAUAAAAAAAAUAAUGUUAUUUUGAAGACUAUUGUACAGUGAUGUC